GCAGGAGUGGGCGGGGCAGGGGGAACAUUAUAAUUGGACGAGUCUGGGAUCCCUGAGUCCUACUCAGCCCAAGCGGAGACCGAGGAGGAGGUUCCCCAGGAGCCGGUCGCAAGAUGAAGGUUCUGUGGGCUGCGCUGGUGGUCGCGCUCCUGGCAGGAUGCUGGGCCGAUGUGGAGCCGGAGUCGCCGCUCCCGGGGCAGCCGGAGCCCGAGCUGGAGCCCGAGCUGGAGCCCAAGCGGGAGCUGGAGCAGGAGGUGGAGGCCGAGGCCGAGUGGCAGGCUGGCCAGCCCUGGGAGCUGGCGCUGGCCCGCUUCUGGGAUUAUCUGCGCUGGGUGCAGACGCUGUCUGACCAGGUGCAGGAGGACAUGCUCAACAGCCAGGUCACCCAGGAACUGACGACGCUGAUGGAGGAGACCAUGAAGGAGAUCAAGGCCUACAGGGCGGAGCUGGAGGAGCAGCUGGGCCCCAUGGCCUCGGAGACGCAGGCCCGCGUGGCCAAGGAGCUGCAGGCGGCGCAGGCCCGGCUGCGCUCGGACAUGGAGGACGUGCGCACCCGCCUGACGCAGUACCGCAGCGAGGUGCAGGCCAUGCUGGGCCAGAGCACCGAGGAGCUGCGGGCGCGCUUCGCCUCGCACAUGCGCAAGCUGCGCAAGCGGGUGCUGCGGGACGCCGAGGACCUGCAGAAGCGCCUGGCCGUGUACCGGGCCGGGGUGCGCGAGGGCGCCGAGCGCAGCGUCAGCUCCAUCCGCGAGCGCCUCUGGCCGCUGCUGGAGCAGGCGCGCACGCAGAGCAAGACAUGCCACACCCGUCCCUGA